AUGAAAAAUUUAAUAGAGGCGAACAAAAAAACAGGUAAAGGACACCAAUACUUGAAAAUUUAUUAUUCAAGUUAUUUAAAGUUUAGAUCAAAUUAUUAUUUUAAUAUCAAAAAGGAAAUCAAUAAUAUUUCAACACCAUUAAAAUCAAAUUUAGAUCAAUUAAAUUCAAUUUCGCUAGUCCAAAAUAAUUUACAACCAUUGGAUGGUUUUAUUUCAUCAUACGAUCAAUUUAUGAAAGAUAGGGAAAUAGCAUACUCCACUUACACUCCAGACUCUUUUAAAUCAUUUAAUGAUGGUGAUAUAUUUAGGGAUUUAAAAAUUGAGGUAUUCGAUUAUGAUUCAAUUAGUGCACGAGACUUAAUCGGUAUUGUUCAUCUAAAUGCAGAUCAAGUACUCAGAGGUCAAAAUCAACAAAAUCAAAAAUACAUGGUUCAAGUUCAUUUGAUAAUAUUGGUUACAUUAGAUGGUGAUGAUGAGAAGAUUGAUCCAAAUGUAUACGAUUACAUUCAUGUCGUCCAAUUUUUAACCAAUGUGGCAUUUCAAGGUAAUGAAAAAAACGAGAAUUUAAGAUUGCAACUAAGAACAUUAGAAGCAGAGAAAGAAAGAAAACAAGAAAAAAUCUUGGAAAGUGAAUUAGUUUAUAUUAUCGAUAAUAUUACUAAUCCAAAAGCAAUGAUGUCUGAUGUCUACGAAAAGAUAUACAAGGCUGGGUGUAAAGUACCUUAG